GUCUGUGGGACAUUACAUUACUGCAGGUGCAAAUGCUACCCAAAUAGUGUGUGCAAGCAGCAGGUGGUUCGAUCCCUCCCACAGUGGUUUUGAUUCCUGCUGCAGGCCGAAUUUCCCUGGGGGGCCUUUUGGCGCCCUGCGUCAGACAUUGAGAGUGGGGCAUGCGCAGUUGAGUUGUUUUCCUAGGAGCCCUGAUAAAUUUAACCUGACUCUCCGUGCUGUGGCUUUUCCUGGGCCCGGUACCAAGGAUUAGCAGCCUGCUGGCUGGAGCCAAAGCGCAGCCCAUGCCAGUAGGACGAGCAGAAAGUGAUUGACUCAUACAGGGACUAACCAAGGGCUCUUCUUGGCAUCAUCUAUUUAGGACACAGGAAAAGGCAGAGGGACAUGGUGGAAAAACUCAGUACAUCCUUUCACCUAAGUGUGCUUGACAGCAUGGCUGCGUGGUCUCACAGCUAAUGAGCAAGGUCUGGUACUGUUGUGCCAGAAUCUUAAGGCUUCCAGGCCAUGGCACUUUAAAGUUAAUUCUGCUCAUCAUCAGGAAAGCUAAGGAGGGUUGAAGAAGCUGAGUUCAGAUUCUACUAACUUUAUUUAGUGAGGUACUGGGUAUCAUGAAUUGUUACAUAUGCCAUUGCUUUUAAUUCUCAUUGAAAAGUGGUGAGGUGGGUACCAUUAUUCCUACGUGCGGACAAAGAACAUUAAACUAAGAGAUGUUAACCGAUGAGACCCAGGAUACAAGUCUAUAGCCACUAGCCCAGCCUACUCUCACUAGGCCACACAUUGCCUCCUAUGCAGCCAAACCAAAGGCAUGUGGGAACUGGCAAAAGGAAUUGGAAUGCAGACACAUAAAUACUUAAAAUAAAAGGGACUAGUUUAGAGAUUAUCUAGUGCAGUUCUUAUAUUUCAUUGAUAAAGAAAUCAGACUUUAAGACGUGACCAAAAUCACUUGCAUAGCUACUGCUUAUUAGAGGAAUGACUGGGACCCAAAGUGCUUCUGGGAUGCCCAGAAGGAAAAGCAUCCUGUUUAGUUUGGGUUGCUAUGACAACAUUAACAAUAACGACAAAACCCCCCAUUGACUGGGUAGUUUAACAACAUACAUUUAUUUCAUACAGUUCUGGAGACUGGAAGUCCAAGAUCAGGAUUGUAAUAUAGUCAGGUUCUGGUUAGGACCCUUUUACUGUUUGCAGAGAGCCACUUUCUCACUGCAUUUUCACAUGGGGGGUGGUGGAGAGAAAGAAACAGAGACGGGUUGUUCUCUCAUACCUAACUGCCUCCCAAAGGCCCCCACCUACAUAUAGCAUCACAUUGAGGAUUAGGGCUUCAACAUACAAGUUUUGGGGCUGGGACACAAACCUUCAGUUCACAGCAAAUCUCUAAUGUGUUUGUUAUCAUUUCUGAUAACACUAGAUGGAGUCAAUGGAAGGGGAAUGUAAAUUUUAGAGUUAUAAAAUUCCUCCUAGGGUUUAAAAUUCAAACGCUUUUCACUUUUCUAAGACACAUCCCAACUUAAGGAUGGGAACUCAUCGUUUAAAAUUCUAGAGACUGAUGAUGAAUAAGAGGAGAAAGACAGAUGGUUGCACACUCUCUCACAGUUGGCUCUGAGCUAGAAGCUAACUUAUGGUAUAGAAGAUGAGAUGGUGUAUCUGCCUCAGGGAAGGCAGAUUUUCCCAGGCAAUAUAUUAUAUUUGAAAACUCAUUGAUGUUUACCACCUGGGGAGCCACUGUGUACUGCUUAAAAAAGGCAAUGGAAAGCCAUAUCAUCACCUCCCCUCGGAGAGAGGCAAAUGUGCCAUAAUUGGUCAAAGCAGCCUGAGGCUCAUAAGCCCCACUAGGAGCUAGGCUCUGUGUCACCUGCCUGAGGGGACUUACAACAGCAUUCCCCUCUUAUUUUGUUAUGAAGCAUUUCAAACACAAAGUAAAGUGAAGAGAAUAUUAAGAUGAAAACCCAAACACCCAUCACCCACACUUAACAAUUAACAUUUUAUUUUUAAAUCUGUGACAUUUCACUUAUUCAAAAUACUUGGGUGUGUUUCUCUUUAAAAGAGGACAUUUUCUCAUAUAACCACAAUAUCUUUAUCUAAUCUAACAAAAUUAACAAUAAUUCCUUGCUAUCACCUAGUCCACACUGAAAUUUUCCUGUUUGUCCAAAAAAUGUCUUUUAGAACUGGUUUGCUCAACCCAGGAGCAAUCAAGGACUGUGCUGUACUCAGAUGUAUGUCUCUUAAGAUUCCUUUACUGUUGUACAGUCCUCUUGCUCUUCUUUAUGACUUGAUUUAUAGAAGAAAUAAGAUUAGUUACCCUAUAGAAUACCCCAUUUUCUAGGUUUGUAUGCCUUUCCUUGCAUGGUUUCGUUUAACUUGUUCUGUUAGCCUCUCAAUUUCCUAUAAACUUGAAUUUAGAGCUAAAGUCUUGAUUAGAUUUAGGUUAAAUAUUUUGGUCAAAGUACUCCAUAGGUGAUGCCAAGCACCUCAAGUUGAGUUACGUUAGGAAGCAUAUGGGAGCUUGCUGUUGAGCAGCUUUUGUUAACAAGAUGGUUACAGUGUCCUGAGGGUCAUGCAAAUAAGCAGGGUAUCAGUACACAAGUGUGCUCAGAGCAGCCUGACAUCAGUGACAGUGGGUGGUGAAGCCACUUCAGUAGAAAAUAAAUCACUUCUUUUUUCUAGGAUGCAGUUUUUUUGUCUUGAAAAGACUAAUUGAACUAGAUGAUUUUGAAGGUUUCCAGUUUAAAAUAUCCUGAUUCCAUAAACUAUACCAAGAUGCCAAGUGGGGGUAUGCAGAGGAAAGCUGGAACACAUGGGAAAUCUUAAGCACUAAAUCUUGGGCAAGAGGAGAUGGCAGUCUGAUGCACCGAGCAGCCCUGGCCUGCGGCAGCGAGUUCUUUGGGGCCAUGCUCCUGAGUGGGAUGAGGGAAUCCCAGGGCACAGAGGUGUCUCUGCAAACCAUCUCUGCCCAGGACCUGCGACUCCUCGUCUCUUUUGCCUACUCUGGGGUUGUGCAGGCAAGAUGGCCAGGACUGCUGAGAGCUGCCCAGGCUGCUCUGCAGUACCAGAGUUCUUCCUGUUUGGCUCUGUGCCAGAGAGCUUUGGGACGGAGCCUCAGCCCUGCCCGUUGCCUGGCCCUCUUCCCCAUGGCUGAAGCCCCUGGACUGGAGAGGCUCUGGAGCAAAGCUCAUCAAUACCUGCUCACUCACCUGCCUGCUGUAGCCUUGUGCCCCACUUUCCCUUCUUUACCAGCUGCUUGCCUGGCCAAACUCCUGGAUAGCGAUGAGCUACACGUGCAAGAGGAAUUUGAGGCCUUUGUGGCUGCCCGGUGUUGGCUAGCUGCCAACCCUGAGACGCAGGAAUCAGAGGCCAAGGUCCUGCUUCAAUGUGUCCGCUUUGGCCGUAUGUCCACCAGAGAGCUUCGGAAAGUACAGGCAGCAGGGCUGCCUCCACCCCUUUCCCAGGACUUGCUGCGUCAAUUGAUAGUGGAAUCUGAGGUUCCAGGUAGAGAGAGGCGGAGGGAACCUGACCAGGCUUUGGUGGUGAUCGGAGGAGACAGGCUCAAAUCAGACUUGUCUGGAACACAGCCUUCCCGAGGAGUGUGGUGGGCCCGGGCCUUCCGCUGCGGCAUUGGACUUGUUCGGAAUGUGGAGUGGGGGCAGCUGCCUGCCCUACCUGCCCCAGGGCGCUUCCGGCAUGGGGCUGCGAGCCUAGCAGGAAAUGAAAUCUAUGUGUGUGGGGGACAGGAUUACUACAGCGACUUCAACACCUUGGCUUCAACUCUCAGGUGGGACCCCAGUCAAGAGAACUGGGAGGAGGUGGCACCUUUGUACCAGGCUCGGAGUUUUUUCCCUCUGGUGGCACUGGAUGGACUACUUUAUGCCCUGGGUGGACGAGCCCAUGGUGUUGUCCUAAACUCUGUGGAGACCUAUAACCCUGAGCUCAAUGUCUGGAGGCCAGCACCUGCACUUCCAGCACCACGCUUUGCCCAUGCAGCAGCUGUUUUGGAGGGCCGAUUGUACAUGAGCGGUGGCUGCAAUGGGGCUGGCCAAUACCUGGCCUCAUUGCUGCAGUAUGAUCCCAAACUUGAGAAGCCAGGGACACUUCUAAGCCCUAUGGGCAUACCUCGAGCUGGCCAUGUCAUGGCUGCCCUGGGUGGGCGGUUAUAUGUUGCAGGUGGGCUAGGUGAGACUGGCGACCUGCUGAGCUUUGAGGCCUACGAACCAAAGACUGAUAGUUGGACUCACUUGGCACCCCUGCCCUCCCCACAUGUGGGAGCUGCAGGUGCCGUGCUGCAGGGGGAACUCCUAGUGCUGGGGGGUUACAGCCACCUUACUUAUGCCCUCUCUUACCUUGUCCAUGCUUACAAUCCUGGCCUGGGCCGAUGGCUCUGCCUGGGAACUCUGCCAAGGCCUCGGGCUGAGAUGCCUGCCUGCAUCCUGACACGGCCCACUGUGCAGCAUGUAGCUUUAGGUCCCACAGGGCACCAAACCAAACCUGCUGGGUGAAGUGGAGAGCAGCAGCAGUGGAUGGGGGAGGAAAGGAGAAGACACAUCAUGAGAAAGGACAGAGAUGAUGGGGGGGUGGGGAGAAAGAGAAGGCUUUAUUCAUGAUAGUACAUAUUUUAUUUUAGUACAAUGCUUUACAACUCAAACUGCUUUUGAAUAUAUGAAUAUAUGAUCUCCAUGGAAGAAAAGAUGGCUCCAGAAUUCCUGGGGAAAGGGUAUUGAGAAAAGGCAGCAGCUGAAUAGUUAGACAAGGAGAGGAGACCCAGGAGCAACUCUAUAAGAUUUAGGGGCCCUGGUACUAUUCUUAGUGGGAAAAGUACAUCUAACUGGGAAGACAAGUUAAGCAGCUCCAGGAGCCAAGGUAUAGGGGCCAUGAGAAGAGAGCUGGACAAAUGAUGAUUCUGACCCAUGAAUCAAGGAGAAAAACAUGGAAAGACCAUCCAUGAAUGAGUCCGAGGAGUCAGAAAGGAGGAAUGUAAUUGUUGAGCCCUUCCUUUUCCCAGGCUUUGCUGCUCUCUACCCUCCAAUCCCUUGGACACCUGAAUGCUCUUGACAAUAUUCUUUCUCAGGUAACUUGUAGGUCCAGACUAGUGUUUCAUCAGCCCAGACACCAUAGGAUGCCCCUAAGAGCCUCUUGAUUUUCAGUCUGAGGCCCUAGUCCCCACGUGGACCUGGCACAGCACAGGCGCCUGAGACGCCAGGAUGAUGAGGUGGGAGUGCUGCCUGUGGGGAAGAUGAGGAGGACAGAGCCAAAGUGGGGAGGCGCUGUGGUGGAAGAGGGAUGAUAUGAGGUUUGAGGGGAUGGGGUGGAAGAAGUCAGAAGCCUGCCUGGCUUCUUUUCUUCCCUGUGGGGUGAAUUGAGGGAUUAGGAGUGAAGAGGACAGCUGUGUGAGGUUGUGGGAAGAAGUGGUAGGAAGAAGAGUGAGAGGCAGAGGAGACCUGGAAAGUUAGUUUUCCUCCUUUCUGUGCCUUUCCUCCAGGCUUUUCUGAAUCAAUUUCCCUUUUUCUUGGCCAGGGAACACUGAGUCAGAUGCUUUCUCUCUCACUUCCUCCACCCUGCUCUUCCUUUUUUCUUCUUUCUUUUCUCUCCUCCUUUCUCCCUCACACUUAUUAAUUUCUUACUGUGUGCCAGGCACUAUAUGAGACAUUAAGGAUAUAAAAGCCAGAUAGCUCCUGACCAGCAGACAGACUUGUAAACAAAUAUAAGUUUUUCAGUGAACUUAGAAUUGCUUUACAACUUGUAAACUGCCUCAUACCUCCUACCUCUCAUACAUAUUGUACUGUACCUAGCCCUAUGAGAGCCCAGAGGAUGGAAGUGGAGGAGUAAACUGUGCCCAGAGAAGGCUUCUGUUAUGGAAGACAUCAUUAUCAUCAGAUGGGUGUGCUGGAUCUUGAAGGCUAUCUGACUCACCAGUCAGAGAAGGAGGAAGGCAUUCCGGUCAGAGAAAGGAAGCAAAUGGGGAGCGUAGUGCCCUGUGUCUCCAUAGCAAAGGGGAAGUCAAAAUUCCAGUGGUUCUUCAGAGAAUUCUGCUGCCCUGGCCAACCUACUCUCUUUUCUGGAGGCUUUUCUGAAGACAAUGGCUUUCACUUAAUGAUUGUAUAUGCCCUCCCUUCACAGUUACCCUAAACCUUUGUCUGGUAUUUACAUUUCUGACCCUUGAGCAGCUUAGGGCAAAGAAGGGCAAAGAAAGGCAAAUUCUUUACAUAGAUCAAUCUUCUAUCAUUGUUUAUUAAGGUUCUCACACUCUUAAGGGUGAGAUGAAGGAACCUCCCUUGUACCUUUCUUCAUACUGGCCCUAGAGGUACUUGGAAAAAAUAUUUUUUGUGUCAUUAUUUUAUUAAGGUUUUUUUCCCUAAUUCUGGUUUGGAACAUAGUUGAAAAUGAGGAGGGGUAAGUAAGGUAUAUAAGAGAAAAUAAGAAAGAUUGAAGAAGACAGGGAAGAAAGAAAUUGGAAGCAUCAAGAAACUGUAAGGAUUGAGUCUUUAGAGUGAACUGUGAACACUUUCUUUUAUGAUCUGUACACAUAAAUGGGCUUAAAUAAAAGUCUCCCCAUGAUUGAAUC